AAGGUCAUUGACAUGGCAACAACAACAUAAUCAGGAGCACGGAGUUUCCAAAGUUGAAAAAAUGAACACAAAUAUGCAAGAAAAGCUAGCAAUUAAAGCUGUAACAGACAAUAGAAACGAUCGAAAACCUCCUCUGGAUUACACUUUUAUGUGUCUUACAUCAGUGAAAGAAUGUCUUGAUGAAGAUCCAAGAGGUUUGAUCCAAGUACAAAAAAAUGAUGAUAAAAAGGCAAGCAGCGAGCAAGUAGAAAAGAAAAAACAUGACACAACUGCCAUACGGUUGAGCAACAAUCUGAUCACAGAGUGGUCUGACUUCUCACAAUGUAUAUCAGAUAUCAUUAUUGAGCCAUUUAAACUAGAGUGGAUUGACUUGUCAUUCAAUGAUAUAUAUACCAUUGACAAGUGUAUUCUUGACUAUCCAAAUUUAAAGGUUUUAUACUUGCAUGGCAAUGCAAUUGACAAAAUUUCAGAACUGGAUAAACUGGCAAAUCUAAAAUAUCUAAAGACCUUGACUCUGCAUGGCAAUCCUAUAGAAGAAGAUGUCAGUGGGUAUAGACAAUAUGUACUUUCAAAACUACCACAAUUGAAAACUUUCGAUUUCAGUGCUGUUACUAAACAGGACAGAGCAAGUGCCCAAACAUGGAAUCAAAUGAUAAAAUCUAAAAAAGGAACCAAAAAAAAAUAAACUUUAUGAGUUGGAUAAUACACUCAAAUGUACCUGAUAAUUUCCUAUGAUUAACUUUGUAUAAAUGCAUCCUUGAUUGUAAGUUGUCUUAAGGUAUUCCAUGUUAACAAAUGUACAUACUGUCACCUUAACAGUCUAUAUAACG